AUGGGUCAGAAACUGUCUUGCGUUAGCAAAGCUCAAACAGCUGAAGUCGGAAGGAAGAAGCCCAAGAAACAAAAGGGAAAGCAUAUAAUCGUUGAUGAUCAAAUAAACGCACAGUCUGCACAACAACAAGAUGCCGCAGUCCCCGAGAAAGUAGUCUUCCUGGAUCCUGCACCAAACAGUUACAUCCUUCCGGUAACUAUCCCAGACUGCAAGAGGGCUAAAGAUGGAACUCGUAUUCAGCCCACCCCUGAAAUAAACGCACAGUCAAAGCGUCCAGGCUCUGAAGUUGUCAGCAAUGCACCUCGAUUACACACAGAACAACCAGUAGACCCUGAAGCACGUCGAUUAGCCCAAGGUCGUGCUCGGCCUGCUUGCUGGAAAGACCUCUACUGGCAUCUAAUAGGUUCAAGACAUCUCAAAACGGACGAGGAAAAAGUUCGAGCCCUCUUCACUUGGCUCUGUUCAGCACCUCCGGACUUGAAUCCCUUUCCAUCAUCAGACGCGGAAGAAAAUGAUGUCUAUCUGAAGACGAAAUCGAAAGGAAAAUAUCCCAUUGAUUCGCCUGAUGUUGUCCUACAGAAACUCGUCGAAGGAAAAGCCAAUUACGUUCAAGCGUUUGAAUCAAUGCUUCGAUACUCUGGCGUUCCUUGUGUCACAGUUUGCGGUAUCGCCAAGAGCAUGGACUACAAAGUCGGUCAAUCACUCAUGGAAAAAGAUAAACCGCUUUUCCACCCAGAAACUGGAGCCAUUGCAUCACACAUCUCAAGCCUGCAACACAGCUGGAACGCGGCGUACGUGGAUGGCACUUGGCGUCUUUACGAUUGCACAUGGGCUGCCCAACGACUGGCUAUGGCCUCAGGUGGUGCUGUCCGUGAUGGACAAGUCCCACUUGGAAAGUCUUCACAAGCUGUCACGCUGCAGUACGAGACGGAUAUGUUUUACUAUCAAGUGGAUCCUACCAAACUUAUCUACACUCAUUAUCCAUUCGAAGAUGCUUGGCAACUUAUUGAUCCUUCUGUCUCCAUUGUUAGCUUCGCAACUUGGCCUCUCCUAAAACCUGCCUUCUUCCAGUACGGACUUAGUCUAUUUUCCUACCAAGAAGGCAUUAUUGCCGUGGAGAAUCUACUUGUUCUGAAAUUGAAAAUCCUUCCGGAAAAUAUUGGCAAACUGCUCUUCACUUAUCAACUAAAUUUGGAGGGCUUUGGAAAUAUUGAUAUGGGAUCAAGCAAGACGCGGUUUGGAAUGCACGAAAUCACACCGGAAGAAUCCUGCGUUGUGUUCCGCUUCCGUUUACCGAAGAAGGGAGAUUACAACCUUGUCAUCUAUGCUAGACAUGCUGGAGAGCAGCUCUUCUCGGAUGUUUGUGAGUACCGAGUGACAGCAAAAGGAAAGGAGGGAGACGACAGUUCUCUUGCUGCCCUCCCGUUUCCUCCCACUGCACAAGCCAAUUAUGGACCAACGGAAAAGGCAGUGGAAUUUGGACUGGAAACACUUCCUCGAGGAAUGCAUCCAUUGAUCAAGAGUCCCAAAGGAACUGUGGAGAUUCGUUUCAUUGCUGCCGAAGUGGAGAAUCCCAUUCCGCGCUUAACAGCACGUUUGAAAUCCCUCUCUGUAAAACCGGAGUUACUGGAAAAUUGUGUUCUAUUGAGAGAUAUAGAAGCCUCGAUGCCAACAACUGGAGUCUCUGUUCUUACUGGCACUGGACCCUGUGUGCCAAUGUCGGUUCUCAAUGCUUACCUCCCUGAAGCGGGAGAAUAUGCGCUUGAGGUGUAUGCGGCACCGGCUGGAUCUGAUGACAUGACGGAGCAAACUCCUUACCAUCUGGCUUGGCAAUUCCUCAUUGAAGCUGAGACAGGGAAGCCUCUUUCCAUGCCCCUUCUCAGUCGUCUAGCUACAAUAAACCUGGGACCGCAGGAUGACACCUGGCAGAAGUUGGGCUUCCGCACUCUCAGUCAUCCCGACCCCCUUGUUCGCGUUCGAACGGCCGGUCGCACAGGAUCUGAACGAUUGUUGAGGUUGAAGAACAAAUCCCACUUACUGCAACGCUUCAUGGGCUCCCAGGGUCUCCAGCCACAAGUGGCUGAUGAAGCAGCUACAGGUGAAGAACCAGAAGCGGCACAAAAAAGUGAUGAUGCUCCAGUAAAUAUGGAACCUGGAAAGAUUGAUAGGGAAGCCUGUGAUUUGGUAAUCAUUCUGGGAAUGUCAGAGGUGCAGAAGAUCUGCCUAAUCAGUCAACUUGUUGAUAUUUCAGGAGAAGAAGAAGAGGAUGUUACAGGAUACUUGCUUCAAAAAGCGAAUACUCUUGAAGAUGAUGAACCUCAAGCUGGUGAUAGAUCAAGCACUCUGAGUCGGGAUAUUCCAUCGCAAUUGGUUAAUCUUCUUAUUCGAAUUCCCAAGGGUGGUUCAUUCUACAAACUCUAUCUCUACGCCGUCCCCAUGGAGCAGAACAUAGCAGGCUCCAUUCCUCUUGUCUUUACCUACUUGAUCGAUGCCCCACUUCGUUUGAGUGCUGUGGAAAGCCCGUACAUCGGAACUAUUGAUGGUGAAUUUCCUGAAAAGAUUGAAAAGCGCCAGGCUGCAGAACAAGCUGUUGCCGGAAAGGCCUAA